AUGUUCACCGAAGAGCUAGGCUCACUCUUUUUCGAGUCGGAUCUAGUCCGUCUUCGAAUGAGGGUCCCCGGGAUCAUCCUUUGGUUUGGUUUUCACUCGCGCAUGCGCGCUGGACUCACGAUUGGGCUUGAUUGCAGGUCCGCCAGUGGAGGUGGGCGUCACCAUGUAUGUGCUGUCUAUCAGCUCCGUCUCCGAAGUGCUCAUGGUACUCGUCCCUGUCAGCUCACGCUUGACUCGGCCGCUUCGGCGCACGCCGAACGACCGAGCAGCCCUAGUUACGAGGCUGCGAGCAUGCCGGCGUAUUGGAGCAGACCAUCCUGGACGGACUUCACUUUGGAUUUCUACUUCAGGCAGUUCUGGACGGAUCCAAGAUUAGCGUACAAGAAGCGCCCUGGCGUAGAAACUCUAUCUGUCGGGUCUGAGUUCAUAAGAAAUAUAUGGGUACCUGAUACCUUUUUCGUAAACGAGAAGCAAUCUUAUUUUCAUAUCGCAACAACGAGCAAUGAAUUUAUUCGUAUUCACCAUUCCGGAUCUAUAACACGUAGUAUAAGAUUAACAAUCACGGCAUCGUGUCCGAUGGACCUGCAAUACUUUCCCAUGGACCGACAGCUUUGCAACAUUGAGAUCGAAAGUUUUGGCUACACCAUGCGGGACAUCAGAUAUAAGUGGAACGAAGGCCCUAACUCCGUAGGCGUCUCCAGUGAAGUAUCUCUGCCGCAGUUCAAGGUGCUGGGGCAUCGCCAACGAGCAAUGGAAAUCUCCCUGACAACAGGAAAUUACUCACGAUUGGCUUGCGAAAUCCAAUUCGUUCGUUCAAUGGGAUAUUACUUGAUCCAAAUAUACAUUCCGUCUGGGUUGAUCGUGAUCAUAUCGUGGGUCUCAUUUUGGCUCAACCGGAAUGCGACACCCGCUCGUGUGUCACUUGGUGUAACUACUGUGCUGACCAUGACAACUCUUAUGUCAUCUACAAACGCCGCUCUUCCCAAGAUAUCGUAUGUCAAAUCAAUAGAUGUUUAUCUGGGCACCUGCUUCGUAAUGGUCUUCGCUAGUCUACUAGAAUAUGCUACUGUCGGCUAUAUGGCUAAGAGGAUACAAAUGAGAAAACAACGCUUCACCGCUGUUCAGAAAAUGGCCGCUGAGAAGAAGAUACAUUUAGACGGACCUCCUGGAACAUCAGAACCCCUACCACCGCCAAGGACAAGCACGCUAUCAAGACCUGCGCCACCAAGCCGAUCAUCGGAAGUCCGAUUUAAAGUCCACGACCCAAAAGCAUAUUCAAAGGGCAUCACGCAUGAAAAUACCAUCAAUGGAGCCAGAGGACCACCCGCGCCUGCACCGCCAGCCCCUCAACCAGAAGAAGAGAUACCGCCUCACCUCCUACAAGCAUCUAAGAGCAUCAACAAACUGCUGGGCACGACUCCGUCAGACAUCGACAAGUAUUCGCGCAUAGUGUUUCCCGUCUGCUUUGUCUGCUUCAACCUCAUGUACUGGAUCAUCUACUUACACGUCUCUGACGUCGUUGCGGACGAUUUGGUACUACUUGGCGAAGAACAUUAA